GAAGUUGCUUUGUGUGUGUGUACGCGCGCGCGCGCGCGCACACACACACACACACACACACACACACACACACACAGAGUAGGGGAACCGUCAUUUUCCUACGCGCCCUCUGACAUCAGCCACCUUCUCUGUAGCUAGUUUCUCUGCACACAACUUAAUCCCUGGCAAUGAAAAAUGAACCUCUCCCCCACCCUUGCUGCCGCCUCUCGCCUCACGCCCCCAGAGAAGAGUUUCUCCGCCAGGCAGCAGGUGAAGGUUUUUUUCCAAGUCACAUGAUUCAGGAUUCAGGGGGAGAAUCCUUCUUGGAACAGAGAUGGGCCCAGAACCGAAUCAGAUGAAGAGAGAUAAGGUGUGAUGUGAGGAAGACUAUAUAAAGAAUGGACCCAGGGCUGCAGCAAGCACUCAACGGAAUGGCCCCUCCUGGAGACACAGCCACGCAUGUGCCGGCGGGCUCCGUGGCCAGCCACCUGGAGACCACCAGCCGCAGCUAUUUCUAUUUCACCACAGCCACGCUGGCUCUGUGCCUCGUCUUCACGGUGGCCACCAUUAUGGUGUUGGUAGUUCAGAGGACGGACUCCAUUCCCAACCCACCUGACAAUGUCCCCCUCAGAGGAGGAAAUUGCUCAGAAGACCUCUUAUGUAUCCUGAAAAGGGCUCCAUUCAAGAAGUCAUGGGCCUACCUCCAAGUGGCAAAGCAUCUAAACAAAACCAAAUUGUCUUGGAACAAAGAUGGCAUUCUCCGUGGAGUCAGAUAUCAGGAUGGGAAUCUGGUGAUCCAGUUCCCUGGUUUGUACUUCAUCAUUUGCCAACUGCAGUUUCUCGUACAAUGCCCAAAUAAUUCUGUCGAUCUGAAGUUGGAGCUUCUCAUCAACAAGCAUAUCAAAAAACAGGCCCUGGUGACAGUGUGUGAGUCUGGAAUGCAAACCAAACACGUGUACCAGAAUCUCUCUCAAUUCUUGCUGGAUUACCUGCAGGUCAACACCACCGUAUCAGUCAAUGUGGAUACAUUCCAGUACAUAGAUACAAGCACCUUUCCUCUUGAGAAUGUGUUGUCCGUGUUCUUAUACAGUAAUUCAGACUGAACAGUUUCUCUUGGCCUUCAGGAAGAAAGCGCCUCUCUACCACACAGUAUUUCAUCCCUCCAAACACUUGGACAAAAAGAAAACUUUAGACCAAGACAAACUGCACAGGGUAUUAAAUAGUAUACCUUGCCUUCUGUCUCUUGGAAAGAUAUAGCUCCAGGGUUAAAAAGAGAGUUCUGAGUGAAGUAUCUUUCAGAUAGCAGGCAGGGAAGCAAUGUAGUGUGGUGGGCAGAGCCCCACAUGGGAAUCAGAAGGGAUGAAUGGAUGUCCCAGCCCAACCACUAAUUCACUGUAUGGUCUUGAUCUAUUUCUUCUGUUUUGAGAGCCUCCAGAUAAAAUGGGGCUCCAGUACCAGAGCAGCUAGCAACUCUGCCCUAAUGGGAAAUGAAGGGGAGCUGGGUGUGAGUGUUUACACUGUGCCCUUCAUGGGAUACUUCUUUUAUCUGCAGAUGGCCUAAUGCUUAGUUGUCCAAGUUGCAAUCAAGGACUCUUUCACACAGGAAACUUCCCUAUACUGGCAGAUACCCUUGUGACUGAACCAUGCCCAGUUUAUGCCUAUCUGACUAUCACUUUGGCACUGGGAGGCUGACCUUGUGCUCCACGUGACCCUGCCCCUAGGAACCCCCAGGGAAAACCAGGCCUGGGACAGCCCCCCGUUCCUGAGAUGGAAAGCACAGAUUUAAUACACCACCACAAUGGAAAACAAGUUUGAAGACUUUUACUUACAGAUCCUGGACAGAAAGGGCAUAAUGGGUCUGAAGGGCAGUCCUCCUUUUCUGGGUUACAUGAGACAGGAAUGAGAAGUCAGAGAGCGAGCAAGGCAGUUAACAAUGUAGGUAAAUAAAUAGGGUGUGGUCACUCUCAAUUCACUGGCAAAUGCCUGAAUGGUCUGAAGGAAGCAACAGAAAAGUGGGGAAUCCAGUCUGCUAGGCAGGAGAGAUGCCUCUAGGUUCUUGUCUUGGCUAGAGGUCUGGUAUAGAACUGGAAACCCAUAUCAAGGCUUAUCAUAUAAGCCCAGCUUCUGGUAUGAGAAAAUUAAACUUGUAUACAAAAUGGUUGCCAAGGCAACAAAAAUUAUAAGAAUUCACUAUACCUUCCCCUCCCUGGAACUCAGGAUCCAAGUCUAGAAAAUGAAAGGACUGGGUUUGAAUUGCUUCAAAACAUCUUCCAUCUCAGAAGACCAGCCCCUGGGAACUGAGAUUCUGACACAAUUUUGGAAGCUCUCCAACCAAAAUAAGGCCACCCUACCCCAGUAUACAACUGAAGACACUAGUAGCACCUGACUGCAUCUCAUCUCAGCAGAGCCAGAAUAUGGGGACAAAGUUCAGGGUGCCCUGCUGAAUGGUGUCAACAGCAGGAUCUCAAGGAUGUAAUGGAAAGAACUACCAUGCUGACCAUCCAGAAUCUAAGAGACCAUCUGGGUGUUUGGGAAGCCAUCUGACGAGGCCUGACUCUAUUCCAGUUAGGUUGACAAUAAUUGAGCAGCAGGCAUUUUUCAUUUUUGGUCAGGAUAGCGUUGUGCCUUUAGCAAACGAUCAGUGUGCAACAGUGAUGUGGUCAUCUAGACAGGGAAUGGCUGCUGCAUCUCCUGCAAAUUAUAUUCCUGCUUCAAACGCCUCUCAGAAAACCAGUUCUGUAAGGGUUUUUAAAUCCCCACAAAGCUGUUGACAGACAAUGAUGACCCUGGAAGCGGGGAGGAGGACUUCUGAGAAACAGCAACCUCUCUCCUGAUUGGGGUAGCCAUGAGAUUUCUCUAGCUAUAUCCAACUUGGCAUCUGUACAUCAUCCUCGGAGGAACAUCUUAUUUGUGGAAGGACCUUGACAAGCCUUUUGAGAUGGAAUGUAGGCCCUGAGGUUAUGCUUCAGUAAAAACAAAGAUGGAAGUUUCCCUGCUAUACCAAAACAUGGAGCAAAAUUUGCAUUUUUCUCAAGAAGGAGAGAAAAGGAGUAGGACUCCAGCAAAGUUUGUCAGAAGAAAAGCUAGAAAAGAUUUACAAGAAAAAAAGAAAGAACAAAUCAACAGCGGUGUUAUGGAUGAGAGGGACUUGAGAGAACAAAAAUGGCUAAAGGAAAAAUUUAAGUCAUCUGCUGAGCAGUGUGCUAUGUCAACCUCCUCCUAGGUCUCCUCUUUGAAAUAUUCAGUAAAGUCUACAUUUCUCUUUAACUCUUUCUGUGAGUAGAUUCUUUGGGAGAAGCAGGCAUUGGAAGAGGUGUUGAAUUCAGCAAACCAAGUGGUCUGUGGUAAAAAACAGACUUUGAGACUCAAAGCUAAAAAAAAAACAGGGAAACGGCUGGGAUUUGAGUUACACACUGUGUAACACAAAUGAAUCUUGCUUAAACAACUCAUGCAUUCUUGAAAAGGUAUAUGCAACCCAACUGUGUGUUAACGAAGCAAAUUUUCUGCCAUCUCACAUUCUUGCUCAAGAAAGAUUUCAUUUUCAUUUUUCACCAACUAUUCUCUAAGCAGAGGUACCUGACUUUUGCACUGUGAGUGGUUUCUAAUCGCAGUCUCUGUCAAGCAAUGCUUAGAAAGCCAACACCUAAAGACACAAGGGGUACAUCAUUUAAAUGAAUAAUGUAACCAAACAAAAAAAAAAGAAAAGAAAGAGAAUAAUCAUUCAUAAAUCAACUGAUAGAUAUGUAGGGAGUGGGCAGCCCAGGAAGUUUAAAACUAAAUUCUGUUACUCUUGAGGGUUAACCAGCCCCUGGGAAUGUUAUGAGCAAAUGAUACUCCACGAGUAAAAUGAUAUCUAUGCAAGUGAAAUAAAUAAUUUAUUUAACUGGGAA